UUCGUCGGCAGUCGGCCAUGUUUGGAAUACUGGCCAAUGAGGAGGCAGACGUCAACAUGGCGGAUGACAGCGUUGACAGUUACCGGCAUGAUGUAAACAUUGCGACUAAAGUUGACGAAUCGAAGACGAAAACUAAUAAGAAAAAGCCGAUGAAGUCAAUUAAUUUGUGCGGAGUGGAAAUACAGGCGUUAGUAGACUCUGGCAGUGGAUUCAAUUUGAUAAAUAAGGACUCGUUCGACGAACUUAAGGUGAAAAUGUGUGAUGAUGACUCUGUGUUUACCGGACUCGGUAUGAAGGAUAUAUUUCCUUACGGCAAGUUCUACGCUAAUAUGAUCAUCGACGAGACGUGCUAUGAUGACACAAUAUUUCAUGUUGUACCUAAUGAUUGUAUGCCGUAUAAAUGUAUUGUAGGUCGGGAAUUUCUUGACACUGUGACCAUGGUUAUGUGCAAAGGUUCCGUAAAGUUCUUGCCACUUGAGGAUGAGGGAUGGCUGGCGCGUCUGGAUUGUGUGUGUGAGGUAUUCACUGUUUCAGAUCACGUACGCGAUGGUACGGUAAGGGAAGAGGUCGAGCGUCUGGUCGCCGAAUACAACCCCGUGCAGACCAGAGAGGUGCCGAUCGAACUGAAGAUCAUUCUCAAAGAUGAUGUCCCAGUGGCGCAGCGUCCCAGAAGGCUUUCCAUCGUGGAGCAGAACAUUGUGGAGGAACAGGUUAAUGAGUGGAUGCAAAAAGGAAUUAUACAGCCCAGACGGAGCAAGAGGCGCUACUAAGGCUGCAACGGGUGUUGGAGGUUGCUGCGGAGUAUGGACUUGAAAUUAACUGGAAGAAGGCCAAGCUGAUAUGCCGAGAGAUUGAGUACCUAGGCCA